GGGUUUGUCUCAAACCUAGCUCGGGGCUUGAGACAAACUCUACAUUUCUCCAUCCACCUUUGCUUCUCUCCUUACUUGCCAUUUCUCCUCCGAAUUAGGGGAUACUGUUGUGAAGAAGAGGGUUGAGGACAUAAAUCCAAUUGCCACCGGGCACAAGCGUGAGGAGCUUGAAGCUGAACUUCAGGGGUGGAAAAUUCUUGAAGAUUUUAACAAUUCUGUUGGUCCUUUUGGCACAAAGGAAGCUCCUGCAGUCAUUUAAUCCUUCUAUGACAAGAGAAUAGUUAGAAUCCAUAAAAAUCACCAAGACAUGAACGAAGAGGAGGUGAGGGAAGAGGCGACGUAUGUAUGUAUUUUGGCUUGCAGUAACCAAGCUCUUCUAUCAACUACUAUUCAUAAUGGUCAGCAGCUUCCUUAUCAUAAUCCUUAUCAAGCACAGAACCAUAACCCAAAUCCAUUCUAUGAAGAGGAUUCAUCCUCGUGGAUGUCCAACCUUGCAGACCCCACAAUGACUCAAUUCCACCAUCCAGUGGUUGGAAUGUUUGGUGAGAUGGUUUAUGCAAGGGUGUUUGGGAACUCUGAAAGCCUAUACACAUACCCAAAUUCAUACUACUUGAUGGGGAAUAGCAGUCCCAAGCUAAGAAGACAGGAGAUGCAAGCAGACAAGUCACUCAAUAGAAUUUCGAUUUUCCUGUUCUGUUGCUUUCUUUUGUGCCUAAUUGUAUUUUGAGAUUAGGCUAUUUGUUCGUAUAUUAGUAUGGAAGAAGCUCUGAUGUUAUAUAAUAUUAUUAUUAAUGGCCAAUGUAUGUAUGUAUUUUGGCUCUGUGGAUUUAUGGGAUGAACUUUUUAGUAUAUGAUAAGAUUAAAACAAACCCAGAUUU